AUGAAGGCAUCACUACUCUUUAUCCUUUCAUUCCUUGUCUUUUCCAUUUCCACAAACUCCUCCUUCACUUCAGCUGCCGAAGCACCCGAGCCAGUGCUCGAUGUAGCUGGAAAGAUGCUGCGAACUGACCGCCAAUACUACAUAUUACCAGCAGCCAAUGUCUUUGGCAAAUUCAGAGGUGGAGGUCUUACACUAUCCGGCAUUGGCAAGAACACUUGCCCAGCGGCUGUGUUUCAAGAAAUGUCUGAGCAAAAAAAUGGCAUCCCCUUGUCAUUUUUGCCUGUGAACCCGAAAAAAGGUGUGGUUCGAGUCUCCACAGAUUUAAACAUCAAAUUUGCUUAUCCACAAACCUGUGGCCAAUCUCCAGUUUGGAGCAUUGGUAAUUAUGUUUAUCCAUCCGGUGACAGCUUUGUCAACAUCGGUGGAGUUGUUGGAAAUCCUGGUCCUAAGACUUUAAGCAGCUGGUUCAAGAUUGAAAAAUUUGGCUAUCAGGAUUACAAGCUCGUUUAUUGUCCCGCGGUAUGCAGCUAUUGUAAAGUUAUUUGCAAAGAUGUUGGCAUAGAGUACCAGAAUGGCAAAAGACGUUUGCAUCUCACGACUGAUUAUCCACUCAGGGUCGUAUUCAAGAAGGCAUAA